AGCCUAUCAGAUUAGGCUCCAGUAGCCAACAUAAAGAAAACUAACAAAUAGCCGCUAUUAUAACAGAGCAACGCCGUUGAUAAAUAGUUAAAUCAUUAACUCUGAGUUGCGAAACGUUGAUAUUUCAUUCGUCCAAGGCAAGGCUCAUAUUUUUGCAGCACGCUCAGUGCAACGUUGCAGUUACGUAGCCUAUAUUACGCCUAGCAUACAGUUGGUAAGUGAGGACCACGAGACUGAAGUCAGCUCAACACCAGUAUGGCCGCCUUGCGUGCAGCAAAGCAAGCUUUGAGAAAAGAAAUAAAGAAACGAGUUGGAGCGCUUGGAAACGAGGAGAAACUUCGGCAGUCUCGUAUCGUUACACAAAAGCUACUGAAGCAUCCCAAAUAUGAGCGCUGUCGGAGAAUAGCGGUUUUCCUCAGCAUGAACGAUGAGGUGCGCACCGAGGACAUCAUCGAGGACAUAUUCAAGAGGGGGAAAGAGUGCUUCAUCCCCAGGUACUUCAGCGACAGCAGUCACAUGGACAUGCUGAAGUUGGCCUCGGUCGAAGACAUACGGUCUCUGCCGCUCACUUCCUGGAAUAUCCGCCAGCCCGGGGAUGAGGAGGAGAGAGAGGAUGCUCUGGCCUCGGGGGGGCUCGAGCUGAUCCUGAUGCCUGGACUGGGGUUCGACAAAAAUGGGCAUCGGCUGGGUCGCGGCAAGGGCUUCUACGACACCUACCUGCAGCGGUGCAUGAACCAUUCCAAAGGCAAGCCCUACACUAUCGGGCUGGCCUUCAAGGAGCAGAUUUGCCAGGAGGUUCCCGUGGAGGGCAACGACAUUCACAUUGAUGAAGUCCUGUAUGAGGGCAUGUAGACAGAUCAAUGGGAUGCCAGCUGUGCUCUCUAACUCAUUGGUCUGUACUCAGUUAAAGGGCUGUUCCUUUUCAUCAAGUGCCUUUUUAAGACUCGGGUAGCCAUUAUUUUGUCUGUGUUUGUCUGAGAGAUUAUUCAAUUCAACUUUGAUUAACUGGUGCCAGUAAUGGCAUUAUACAGUACAUUCUGUGCUUUUCCAGACUACCCAACCUUUAUUGUGCGUGCAUCCAAAAACUUUACAAUGUCUUAAAUUAAGUUACACUGUUUGUAUUGGCUGCGGUGUAAAUGCUGGUCUCUGGAUUUACUGACGGUUUAAAGUAAGGUCUGGCUAGCACUGCGAUACCAGAGAAGUGUGUUUCACUGCUGAUUCUCUCAGUCCUGUGAAAAUUUGUAAAUGAAUGGAAUUCUUUCUUUGUCAAUGAUACUGCAUGAUGUUCCUCUGUGUAGUAUACCAAUUAUUUAAUUUCUGUGUUAUAUUAUCCAACGUGCUAAUGCACCCACAGUGAAUGGAAUUAAAACCUGAAAAAAUAAACAAGCGAGAAGAAAAGCC